UAAUUAUAACAUGAACAUAUCAUUGCCUAUCAAAGAUCUGGACAGUGUCGCUGCAGUUGGUAAAGACUUUGAGAAUGUCAUUGCACUUUGGAAAAGUUUCGAUUUGACAAUUAUUAAUGGUAGAAUGAAUGUGGAUUUAAAUUUUAAAAGAGAAAAAUAA